CGCAGGCUGGGUGAAGCCGGGCAGGGAGCCGCCAUUUUAAGGGCGCCGCGCCGGGCUGAAUGGAGGGGUUGGGUUUUGGCAGCGUUUGGCCGCCCAGGUUCACCCGGAAGGGCGCUCAAAUUGAUGGGCUUCUCGGUAAGCAGCGCAGCAGUGACCUGCCCUGAGGUGACCCAAUAACUCCGCACCACGCUGCACGUUUCCCAUCCUGAGUCAUCACCGUAGGAUGAAGCCAAGUCGCCGAGCAGACGAACUCAGCGCACGUGUCAGGGACGCUCAGAGGGUUGCCCACAAUGAACUGGAAUCCGGGAGGGGACAAGUGACCGCAGCUGAGCAGAGGGCUGUUCACAUCAUAGGGCAUCACGGUCAGCAAUAAAUGUGGGGGAAAGAAGGGGCAAAGGGGACAACGUUCAGAUCUUUUGGGCUUACCUCGAUUAGUUUCAUCUCUUCCCCUCAGCAUCUCCUCUGGGCACUUUAGGGAUCGCCUGGCCCCAGGCUUUGUAUUGCUGAGCGAUGAGCAUGCCUGCAGUGCCAUCAGCCACCUCCAAAGCUCGCCUGCUGCUUGCCUUCCCCGGCUCUGCUGGCCUGCAGCCAUUCCUGGUCCUUCAGCCUUUUGCUGGUGUCAGCUGUCCCCAAGGAACCUGGAAGGAAAAGAGGAAACUCCAGUCUUGUCGGUUCGUAAUGACAGCUCUACUCCAGCUGCUGCUUGGCAAGACAGCAGCAGGAGCAGACAAGUCUGUGCGGUGCAAUUGCUUGCAUGGGUGAUGACACCCUCCGUAACACCUUUUAUGGCUGCUCCGAGUCGAAUGCCAACCAAACCCACACAGAUGUUUAUUUCUCCUUAUUUCAGUGGCCGCAGCCCUCCCACCAAAAGGAGCCAUCGCUGCUCAUCCCUCUCUGUGCUCUGUGUCACCUGAAAGCAAACCUUCCAGACUUACAGCCACCCCACCAUCUCCCGGCUGCUGGCCCAAGUAUUUCUUUAAUAAGUGCCAGAAUUAGAGCUGUCCAAAUAUGGAUGAAAUGGAAAAAAGCCAGUUCUGUCCCCUCUGGUUGAGGCUGAGCGUUGUGUGCAUUUGGCCACAUACAGAUGCAGCAGACUCACCUCAGUGUACGUUCCUGUCCAAAAUUCCCUCUCCCACUUUAAUUCACUUUGCCCCCGUUCUUCAGCUCAUCACUUUUCACACGGCGGUUCUUUGUUUCUUUUAGCACAUUACUCACUUCUGCCUCCUAAAAAAUCCGUGUCCCCAGGCUGACUUGGGCUGCAGGAACUUUUGCUUUGUUGCCUAGCAGAGGCAUCCAGCACUGUCCUCCCCUGGAUGAUGGGUGGUAGAGGGAGGAUGGGGAGAAGGGUGAGGGCUGUGGAUGGGGCUGUGGGCAGCUGGGGGUCUUCUCUGCUGGGAGAAAGCAGGCAUAAAGAAUGAACUUGCUGCAACCCCACUGCUACAAGCAGGGCCUGCUUGUGUCCCUUCCACUUCUUGUUUGUGUUUCCAAGCGCGCUUCCAAGCUCUGAAUGGAUGUGACCCUUCUCCUGUGGUUGCAUGGACUUGGGAUCUGGGGCUUUGGAGAAGAAGUCAAGUCUUGGGGAGCGGGCAAUGCAGGAGAACCAUCACCCCACAGCGCAGCCCACCCUGCUCCCAGGGCUGCCAAGGCACCGGGGCUGCUGCUGGCACCAUCGCUGUCCCCAUGGGCGCCCAAAGCCACUCCCUGGGCUGUGCCUUUUCUCCCUUUCACGCCAAGCAGGCGGCAGUUCCACUGGGAGCAGCCUGUUUGUCACCACUGUGACUGUCUCACCCCCUUGGAGAUGGCCACGCUGGCUCGGAGCGUUCUGGUGACGGGGUCCAACCGGGGCAUUGGGCUGGAGCUGGUGAGGCAGCUCGCCGCCAGCCCCCGACCCCCACAGCACAUCUUUGCCACCUGCCGUGAUGCCAGCGGUCUGAGAGGGAAGGCCCUGCAAGAAUUAGCAGCCCGGCACCCCAGCAUCAAGCUGAUCCAGCUAGACACGGUGGACUUGCCCAGCAUCCGUGGAGCCAUGCAGACUGUGGAGACUCAUCUGGAGGGCCAGGGCUUGAACCUGCUCAUCAACAACGCCGGCGUCGGCUCGCAGGCCACACUGCAAUCCGUGGAUGCACAGGAGAUGCUCGCCACGUUUGCAGUCAACGUGGUGGGGCCCCUGCAGGUUGCCAAGGUGUGUGUGGGCCUGGGCUGCUCCUCUGUGACCUGUAAUCGUGGUGUGAGGACUUCCAGGGCAAGGUUGAAGCCCAGGAUCUGUACUAACAGAGCUCUAAUUGUGUCUUCCUGCCAGGAAUUCCUACCACUCUUGGAGAAGGCAGCGAAGGAUGCAGGGACGGAGGGGCUGAGCUGCAGCAGGGCUGCCAUCAUCAAUGUGUCUUCCAAAGUGGGCUCCAUCGGGCUGUGUCUUGGGGUGCUGGAGGCCCCUAUGUACCCGUACCGUGCCAGCAAGGCUGCCCAGAACAUGGUGACCAGGUGCCUGGCUGAAGAGCUCAGGGAUAAGGGGAUCUUGUGUGCAGCGAUCCAUCCUGGAUGGGUGAAGACGGACAUGGGGACGGAGCAGGCACCCAUGACUGUGGAGCGCAGCAUGCAGGGCAUUCUGGAGGUGCUGGGCAUCCUUUCACAGGAGACCUGUGGGGCCUUCCUCGACUGGGAAGGGAACCGCCUGCCCUGGUGAUGCCAGCUCAGCACAACCACGUCAUUCUUCCCCACUCAUGGACAUGGGCAGAAGCUUUUCCCCAUUCCCCAUCUGACAUACAGCCACUCGGUGCCCUGCAUCCUAUAUUUGUAUCACUCAAUGCUCCCCCCUCCCCCCUCAGCCCUCAUAGGGAACCCUUUUUGGACAGAUCCUAUGCCCCUCCCUUGCCUGUUCUGCUCCCAGCCCCAUGCAGCCCACCUCCUCAAAGACAGGUAUCAGCCCAAUCCUGUCCUUUCUGGAGGGGAUGUUUCCAGCAGUGACAUCUGCUGAGAUGAGGGGUGGGACCCCCUGGGAAGGGGCCUCCCCUCCAUGGGGUUCCACAGAGACUGUUGUGCUCACAGAGCCAAGAGCAUUGCUGUUCUCAGACAUGGGUUUAUUGAGGAUGUAGCAGAGGUUGGGCAGCA